AUGGCCUCGGUCAGGUCCUUGGACAAAGACCUGCGCAAGCUGCGCCUCGACAAAUACACGCCCGCCGCUGCCAACGAAGUUCGUGCUUGGGUGGAGGAGGCCCUCGGGGACAGGCUGCCUUCGUCGGAUCUUCUGGAGGGCCUCAAGGAUGGCGUUGCGUUGUGCAAGCUCGUCAAUAUUGGCACUCCCCCCCCCGGGGUCAAGUUCAAGCAGUCGGCCAUGCCUUUUGUCCAGAUGGAAAACAUCUCGCACUUUCUCCGCGCAUGCCAGGCCCCGCCCUUCAAUCUUCACCAGCACGACAUGUUUCUCACCGUCGACCUGUACGAGCAAAAGGACCCUGCGCAAGUUCUGCAAUGUCUCGGCGCCUUUAGCCGAGCCGCCUACGAUGCCCAUCCGAACCGUUUCCCCGAACCCAUAGGUCCCAAGAGUCGGGGGGGAACCGGCGCGUUGAGCCCUCAGACUUCUGGAUACGCAUCGCCGAGCGUGCUCCGUGGCCGCGGCGCUUCCGUCAACAGCAGUUCCUCCUCUACAUACGCUCCUAAGCCUCCGCUGCCGCAGAGAAGAGGAGACGCGACCUCGCCCGGGCGGCAAAGUCCCGCCAAGGGUCCCAGGGCUGGUCCCGGCUCACCACCCGGUCCCCUCGGUAGCUGGGGUAGUACUCGGGCGCACGAAGGGUCCGCGGCGCCGGCCUGGAAUAUCGCGCAGUAUGGCUACAUGGGCGGCGCGAGCCAAGGGAACCUAGGCAUCUCCUUUGGAGGCAUGCGGCAGAUCACAACUGCCGGCCCCCACGUACCCACCUUGGCCGACAAGGAACGCAGACGCAAGGAAGAGGCAAGGCGACAGGAGGACCAGGACCGCCAACGGAGAGCGCAGCUCGAGGCCGAGGAGGAGGCAGCUCGUCGUGAGGAAGAGCGCAGGUGGGAAGAGGAAACACACAGACUGCACGAGGAGGAGCGGCAAAAGGCCGAGGAGGAGAAGCGCCGCUGGGAAGAACAAGAGCUCCAGUGGAAGCUGACGGAAGAGAGGCGACGCAAGGAAGAGCAAGAGGCCGAGACCAGGCUGGUUGAUGAGCGUCAAAAAGCCAGGGGCCGCAGCGACACCCCCCGGCUUCGCGGCCAGCUCCUGAGCCAAUAUCAGGCCGAGCAGGCCGAGACGGAACGACGGGCCAACCACCGCAGCAGCCACCACCGCAGCAGCCAGCUGGAAAAAGAAUUGGAGCGAGCCCGCCAACGCGAGGAUCAAUACGAAAAGGAGCGUCAAAACCGAAGCAGCAGCCGGCUGGGGAGCGAAAUAGUUCCAGCCAAGCCCAGAUCCAGGAGCCGACACCGACGAGCCUCGCCGACCCCAUCAGCUCCGCCAGCCGUGGGACCUCGGCGAACACAGAGCCGGUUCGAGUCCUGGACCCGCGAUGACGAGCGCGGCUAUCUUCAAGAUGCCGCCAAACCAACUUUUGACACGCCUCCCGACUCGCCUCCCGACUCGCCUCCCGGCCCGAUGCCCGACCCGACGCUCGACCCGACGCCGGAGCGCGUGCGCCCAGAGCAGCCUGCUGUCGAUAACCACCGGCCUCGGCCUGCUCCUCCUCAAGGCACCUCGCCGCGACCGCUACCCGAGCCCAACGCCACUCUCAAGGCCAAAUCGCCCAACGCCGACAACGGCGCUGGUGCACGACCCCUUCCGGACCCCACGAAAUACGCGUCUCCUCCAACGUCAGCCCAGAACCGUGCCGAGCGUUUUCUAGCCGCCAGCAAACCCUCCUCACAGUCUCCGCCUCGCCAAACAUACGCUCAAGAGCUGGGCUUUUCGGAAGAACGCGACUCGGAAGACCGCCGCCGGGUUCAGGUCCAGGCCCAGGCCCAGACCAAGGCUGGCGGGUGGGCGUCCAAGUCGCUCCUGGAGCAGGAGAUGGAAAUGGAGCGCCAGCGCCAGCGGGAGUGGGAGGAGGCGCAAAAGAAGACAGCCCAGGCUGUCCGAUCCAACGACGGCGUAGACGGGAUUGGGGGGGGCAUAGGGGGCCGCUGGGACGUCGGCCAGUGGAGCGGCUACACGGGGGGUGAUUCUCAGAACAAGGGAUCCCAGGGCAUCGGGUCGGGGAAGAGGCAGAUUGUCGGGCCCCGUCCUCUGCCCGGUUCCAAUCGAUGA